AUGGCCGCAGCAUACGAGAGUCCAUGGCCUCGCACUGUCCAGCCCAACAGGAGCCACUGGAAGGUGUGGCAGGAACACCUUACUCGAGCACUACUUGUCUCUGACGGACCCCAGCACCUCCUGCGUCAUCCUCUGGGCCCAUGGAUCGAUCCUCUCGACAACUGGAACUGGUUAUGGUCUUCUUCCCACGGAUUGUUCCACCGCCAGGGCCACAGGUGGCAACACUACCGUCACCGUCGCUCCUCCACACCGAGCAUUCAAUGGGACUAUCCCCGUUCUACGCAAUUGUCCGGGUGCAAACGACCACAUAACAAGCAUACCGACAACGGCGUCAGCUUCUUGCCAGCCCCCUUUUGGACCCAACCACUCCCAGCUGACUUGUGCCAAGCUACCGUCCACAUUACGCCUUCGCUAGGCACUCUAGCCCUCACCAGCAUUGGGACAGCACCGCUGCAGCCGCAUCACGACUCUCAACCGUCCUUGCUGGCCGCCUGGAUGGCCGCCUCAGCCAGGGUGACCGAGUAUGUUGGCUGGACCCCUGAAGAAAUUGAGAUCGAUGGCGACAAAAGCCUCCUUGCUGCAGCCCUACUCGAAGUCCGGCUGUGUGUGAUCAGCGACGGUUCUUAUAAGCUCGGUCUGGGCAUGGCAGCGGUUCAACUGCUUCCACGUAAGGGUGGCACGGAAUGUAUGAUUGUUCGGUGCCAGACUCCAGGUCUAACUGAUGACUAG